AUUGGCGAUCGCUUAGAUGACGACUCCAAAAUAUUUCUCCAUCUUUCUUCUGGUUUUGAAAAUUUCAACCUACGUCGUGGAAUGAUAAAAAUCGCUGAAAAGCGGGGAGAUUUCGUGCUCAACGCGGGAGAGCGGGAGAAGGGGUCCAAAAUCUUGAGACUCCCGCCUAAUGCGGGAGAGUUGACAGACUCAGCUCAAGUUCCGGUCCACUGUAGCCCGGCCGAGUUCACUUGCUCAGAUGGAAUGUGUAUACCUAGGGAAUGGAUGUGUGACGGGACUGUGGAUUGUCCGGACGCACUUGAUGAGAUAGUCAACUGUUCGAGGUGUCCGCGACACGAAUUUGAGUGCGAGAACAAGCUGUGCGUACCGCGGACAUGGUUGUGUGAUGGCGAUAACGACUGCCAUGAUGGCUCAGACGAGAAAAACUGCGAAUCACGACGCAUGCGCACAGUAAAAUGUGGCAUUGAAGAGUUUGAUUGUGGGAACAGCACGUGUAUACCGCUGACCGUUUUGUGUGAUGGGCUCUACGACUGUGCCGACCGUUCAGACGAAAGCAAAAAAUGUGAGGAGUGCGCGGAGCGGAAUGGCGGUUGCAGUGAUACGUGCCGAAAUACCCCCAGGGGAGCCGUGUGCGAAUGCCCAAUAGGCCUGACCCUGGGUGGGGGCGGGCACGCGUGUGUUGAUAUUGACGAGUGCGCGGAGGGCAAGGACGACUGCAGCCAGACAUGUGCGAACACGCAUGGAGAGUAUGAGUGCGCAUGCGUGGAUGGAUACAAACAGACUGCCGCUGGACAUGGCUGUCAAGCAAAAGACAUGUCCGGGUUCGCUCUGAUGUUCUCCGCAAAGUCCCGUUUAUACAUAACACGAAGUUUAAAGGGCGUGGUUGUACCGGCGGUAAUCCAGUACCUCCACGGCGAGGAUGGGGGCUUAGACUACGAUUAUACCAACGAGACGGUAUACUGGGCGGAUAACAGUCGCCACGUCAUCUACGCAUCACAGCUACAUCGCGCAUGGCAUGACGUCACAGUAUUAGUACAAAAUACAGGUCGAGUAGAUGGGAUCGCUGUAGACUGGGUCGGUAGGAACUUGUACUGGACGGAUGACGGGAGGGACACUAUCGAGGUAGCGUCCCUGAGGGGCCGGCACAGAAGGACGUUAUUCCGGACGAGUCUUGACAGGCCUCGAGAUAUCGUGCUGGAUUCUCUUUCGGGCAUAAUGUACUGGACAGAUUGGGGCUCUGCACCGAAAAUCGAGAAAUCCCACAUGGACGGCAAGGGACGAGAGAUUAUGGUAUUCGAUAACAUUACCUGGCCAAAUGGUCUCUCCCUGGACUUACCAAGCAAUAGACUUUACUGGACGGACGGCAAGCACGGAACCAUAGAGAGCGUAACCCUGGAUGGCAAGCACCGACGCUCGCUCUUCUUCGGUAAGCACUCGCACCCAUUUUCCCUGGCCGUGUUCGGAGAUCACGUGUAUUGGACGGACUGGCUCAUGGGUCUUCAGAUGGCGGACAAGAGGACUGGCGACCAGCGACGCGUACUUGUGGGAAAAGAUGGGCAUAUGAGGAAUCUUCACGUGAUCCAUGCAUUAGUACGACCGCAAGGCGCACCGGAUCCAUGUGGGAAUGUCACGUGCGUCGGGUUGACUCUUCUUGCACCGACCUCCUGCCGCUGCGCAUGUGCAGAUGACGUAAUAAACUCCACUUGCAAAGAAACAUCAAUAAAUAGAACUGGGGCUGAAAGGAAAUCAGGGUCAAGUCGAAAAGUUAAUUUAACAACAGCAAGCCCGGCUAAUCUUAAUGCUGUGUCAACGCCAACAAAUUCUACCAAUGUAAAUAUGAAUCCUACCACUCAAAUGACGCCAUCACAUAUGAUAACGAGCGAACUCGUGAGCGCUUCCACCACAGGCUCUGAUAGGGCAACAGCGAGUGCUUCAGAUGAAUACACGAGUCCAUCGAGUUAUAGCGCGAGGGUCACUCGUCCGACGAGUGGCGCUACACACUAUCCAACAGAUGCUAAUGUAAAUAGAUCAAGCUCUGAACCCGUGACCAUUAAACCAAACAGAAAAGGGUGGACGAGAAAGAUGACCAGAAAUCACACUUAUAAGAAGCAUAGAGUUAACAACGGAAAAGCCGAUGUAAAGAUUACAGAUGAUGGAUCGGCAAAAGGGAAUGCUACCACGCAAGGCUGCCAGGGAGAAGCCUGUACAGAAUCGUGUGCUGAUCCAGGUCUACGGAUCUCACUUAACUGUACAUGCGAGGAUAUACGACAAGGGCAGUGCGAAGAGAUUGUUGUGGUCAGAGGAAAACGGGAGCUAGCAGUGAAAGAUAUUCCAUGGCCUGGCUGGAUCCCAGGCCUAAUCUUAACCAUCUCCAUCCUGAUCCUGUUACUCCUAUACGUCACGUACAAGAAGCUACGAAACCACCGCCGUGGCCCAAACUACAAUCACGCUGUCUUCCAUAAGAAUUCAUCCCUCGUCAACAUCUCCUACACGAGUGACAUUCCGGAGGAGGAUGAAUUCCAGGACCAAUCCAUUUCCGGUUGCUCAAACCCCCUUUUUUCUGCUUCUACUUCAAGUCACGUGAACCCAUUGUUUUAUGCAAAAAGCCCAUCGCUGGAUUCGCUGGGUGCCGAUGUUUCAGGGGGCGAUCAAGGAGAUUUUAAGCUCUUCACAAUGUCGUGUCAAGGUGACGGAGUUUCAACUCCCUGUGAACAAGGAUUCGUCAAUCUGGUGUAUGAAAAUUUCCACAAAGCCUGAGCAAUGGUGUAAUUGGAGACAGGAAAACAUUUAAUUAAAAGACACGCUUGUAGUCCUUAGAAGACUGAGAGUAUCCCUAUAAAUAUUUGGGACGUGUUUGUUGCUUCUAGGGCAGGCCAUCAUAGCCUUGCUCGCAGGCGUGGAAAAGGCGGGUCGCAUUCAACUUUCUAGGCUUUUGCGCGGCUUAUUGCAAAAUGUGUGAUAUGAUUACGGUUGCGAUACCCAAAGCAUUAUUGCCCUUAUUCUGCAGGCUAGCAGUCCUCGGUAGAGGAUCUCGUCCUAUCCCUUAGUGUGUAAGAUUCGCCCAAGUCCUAUCCCAUAGGGUGCAAGAUUCGUUCUGUAUUCGGGCGCGUAACUGUUCUGCUGUGUUCCUUAGCUCUGCUGUCCGUAGCAUAUCCUGAGAUGUCUGUGGACAAGAAAUAUAUUAAAUUACUAACUGAAUAUCAUUGUGGAUUGAGAAUAUAAUAAAAUAUGUGCAAUAAAAUAAAACUUAGCCUAAAAAACCCCAAAAAAUUUUGUCUGCUGUUAGACAUCAAAUGCAAACGAGACAAGCAAUAUAGAAAAAAAACUUGCCAUGAGUUCGGGCAAUAAAAUCUCCGUUGAUAACCUUUUUGUUUAUUUUCUUUUAAAACGUUUUAAUUAAGAUUAAUGUCAAUCUCCUCUCCAGAGCCUUUCUUAUUUUGUGAGAAAUAGGAUGGGCUCUCGGGAAAGAUUGGGUUAAUGUAGGAGUUUUGUGGUUCUGCGUUACCAUGGGGAUGCUAUGUCAUAUUGAUUGAUUUAAUUUUUAAUAACGCGAGGUGUCUUGAAUAAUCGACAGGAAUAGAGCUUAUUUUACUUGGUUUUUCAAUAUUCUGCGAGAUCUCGCUUUCUGGCUUCCGUCAUUCAAAAUCCAUGAAGAUUUUUUAUUGGUCAGCACUGAAAUGGUUUCCAAUCACGCCACCUCUCGGUAAAGCUCUGACCAAUCAAAAAGCACCAAAUGUAAUUUCGUUAGUUUGAAUGACGGAAGUCAGAAAGCAGUUGGAAAUUAAUGACGAGAGAAGUUCGCAGAAUAUUUCAAAUCGCAUUAAGCUAAAAAUAGCUUUUUCCAAUUUUCCAGUGGAUAGUACUAAACUUGGGGUCCCCCGAAAUUUCGAUGUGCUCGCAGUUUUCGGCUAAUGCUCGCACAUUUUUUUCCCGCUGUGCUCGCAUUGUAUUUUUCGGUGUGCUCGCUGCUCGAUUUAAUCAACAACUAGAAAUGCUUGGUUUCGCAUAAAAAACGAGGUGCUUGCAAGCUCGCAAGUGUUUGCCAAAGACCAUUCGGGGACCCUAACUUGUGCUCGUUCCACGGACUUUUCUAUGUCCGUUUUGCACAAGAAUAAUAAGUAGGAAAUAAUGCUUUCGUUCCUUCCAUAUUAGUCAUGAAUUCAUUUAAUUCGAAAAUUGCCUCAGCUUUAUUCAAAUUUUGCUCCCUUCCAUGGCAACAUGUCUACAAUUCAAGCGUUUUAAAUGUUUCUUCUUAAAAGCUGUCUCUCAAAUCUUUAAAAUUUGAUGACGUAUGAGUACAUACACGAGAAUUUACUAUCAAGAAAACGUUCAAAUUCGGGCUCUCGAAAGUCAUAACUAAAAACUGGAAGAUUUUCUCUUUCUCUGAUGAACACUUCGAGUUCGGCAAAUAAAGAAGAGUUUUAUUACGUCACUUUGCUUAUGUAAACGAUUUAGCAGGUUGCUCUAUUUGGAAUACAAAAACAUGGUGGCUGGACUGAAGCCAAAUCGCAUCUACAAAUAAACAUGGGUUGAAACUUUGAAACAGAGUCGAAUUGAACGGCACUUGUUAAAAUGAAGGAGUAAUCAAUCUAUAGCGGCAUUUUCACGGGUUUGGAAAGUCAAAUCUUUGACGAGAAGAAAAGGGAGACCUCAAGUACGAAAAAUAUACUCAAAACACAAUAACGCAACUGAUAUUACUCGGAAUUGAACAAAACCAACACAAUCAGCUGGGACAAGAGGCUGCUCCGAAGAAUGAAGAAAUAAACGCAACCAAAAA